AUGGCCGAGGACUCGCCGAAGCGGCGCAAGGCGAAUUUCAACGAGGCGGAGACGGAGGUGCUGAUCGAGCAGGUGCUGAAGCACGAGCAGCUGCUGUUCGCGGCGGGGCCGGGCCGCGCCUCCCCGGGCCAGAAGCGGAAGGUGUGGGAGCUGAUCCGGCACAAGGUGAACCCGGUGGCCGCCUGCCCCCGCGACGUAGAAGACCUGAAGAAGCGCUGGCGGGACCUGAAGCGCCGCGACCGCAGCAAGCUCUGCCGCCUCUCACAGGGCUGCGGGCCGCCGGGCCCCGCCGCCCCCCUCGGCCUCCUCCUGGCCCCCGAGGAGAUGCCGCCCGCCGCCGCGCCGCCCGGCCGCCGCCACCACCUCCACCACCACCGCGCCUACGGCUCCCUGCUGCCCGCCGAGGCCGUGCCUAUCGUGGGCGGCAUCGACACGCUGGAGCUGCCCGGCGCCGUCGUGGGGGAGAUGGGUGAGUGCCGGACCGACCCCCGCGGCGCUGACCCGGACCCUCCGCCCGGCCGACCCCCGCCGCGGCCGCGGGAGCCCCGGCGGCCGCUUCCUCGGUCUCCCGGGGGAGGAACGGCGCAGACCCGCUGCCGCAGCAGGUUCCCCGGUCGCUGUGUGCGCGCAGGGGGCUGCGGGUACCAGCCUCGCUUGAAAAUGUCUGGUUCGGAUAACUACCUUCUCUCCUCGGAAGUGCAAAAUGUACAUGCACACGGACAGAACAGGGAGAUUUCCUGCCGUAGGUCACAAAAGUGGAUCGAAACAGCACGUAAGAGGUUUAAUGACAAUCCUGGCCCAUCUCAUCAAUCCGGUCUUGAGAAGAUGAACCUCAAAGAAGAAAUAGUAGUGAAGGUGGUAGAGCCAGAAGAAAGCUCUGAGGACAUGGCGGUAGUUCCACCUAGCCAGGAGCAACUACCUUUUCUGGGGACAUCAGGCGGUGGUUCCUCUGGGAAAGUAAAAGCCAAAACAAAAGGCAGGUCCCAGGCAGACCAAAAUGAAAUAACUGAAGAGGACCUAGUGCAGAUUCAGCAGACCCAGAUGCAGGUGAUCCAGUCUGGCUUUGACAGUGUCAACCACAAUCUUAGGCUGCUGCAGCAAGGCAUGCAAGAUCUGAGUAACAGCCUCAGCAUCAUGGCACAUACGCUUGUUGCUAUCAAAAACGUCUAUGUGAAAAACAACACUGGCCCAACCACGUACGCCACUGCCUCUACUCAGACCACAGCUGGAUACCUGAGCCCGGGUUCCCCCCAGGUCUCCCCCGCUGAGGACAGAGGUAGAGCACAGGUGGCUGGAAGCAGUAGCAGAAGCAGCAGCUGCAGCUCCAGCUCCAUGUCACAAGAACCAGGUCCUUCCGAGUUUCCCAGGCCCCCCCUGAGAACCAUUAAGAAAGAACAUCCAAAUGGCUGCUACUACUUCUGCUUUGCAGAUGUGUAAAAAACUUGAAUAUAUGUAAAGUGACUGUGGUGUUAGGUGCUGUUGUAUGUUCUGCUCCGGCUUGUGACUUCAAAGGAGCAAAAUGGACUCACCUCCCACAUUUUUCCCAGUGGGAAACAUUUCGCUAUAGGUGGCAUUAAACACUAAUUACCGGUCUCCUGUUUGUUAACUCUGUUGCAAUUGGCUAAUAAUUUUCUUCUGUUCUCUUUAUUCUCUUACUCUCUUAAAAAAACCAAACAAACAAACAAAAAAAACCCCCUAGAUUUAUUUUGACUAAGACUCUUGUCUGUAUCAUCCUUUGUUUAAUGUGACCUUCUGAAAAAUAAAAGGCAUGAGAGUGGGAUAAAAAAGUAACAUUAUGGUUACUGACCAGCAGGAGCUGUCUUCCACAAGUUGCUCAGUUUUUUUGAUUAAACAAAAAACCAACUACUUCUGAUGUUUAAGUACUUGCUUCUUCUAAGAAUUAACAGUGUCUGGGGUGUUUGCUUGGUUGUUGUUGGUUGGGGUUUUUUUUAAGUCUGAGCUGGGCAAGGCAUCACAGGAAGAGUUUGACAUAACUGCUUAACUCUAGGAAUGGUUUAGGACUGAGCUGUUGAUUCAUGAAUGUACUCCUGAGAAUUCAUACAGCAUUGCUCCACCUGGCUGUUGUUCAUUCCCAGCUUGUCAAAUGCACCUUCUCCUCAGAGGCAUUUUGUUUUACUGCACUAGCAGGGUAGGCUUUUUCUUGUCACAUGAUUAAAACAGAGAAAUACAGCAAAAAGUAGUAAUUGGAGUGAUGCCUGGUUUUGACAUAGAAUAAUUUUUCCCCAUACGGUUUAUAAGCAGGCUCUAUCUUCACCAGAUUUUGCAAGCCUUCUGGAAUCAAUACCACAGUAUUUUAAAUAUAGAGAGCAAAAAAGUUUCCGUAUUGUUUUACAUGAAACAGAAGUUAGAUGUGCAGGAGGCAGGGGCUGACUUCACUCCAGACAAGAGCCAAGUGCUCCUGCAUAGUUUAUGAAGCUUUAAUUUUCACCAAGCUGAGAGAUGAAUAAAAUCUUCCGUUCUCUUAACUAUAUAUCCAAGGAAGAAGAAAGGGAAGGAAGAGUUGGAGCAAAAAGUAACCUGUUAAGUGUCAACUCUGAAACAAGCACAAAGAAAUCAUUUUAUCCUAAUGUGAAAAAGAAAAAUCUCCUUUUC